AUGUAUAAGCGGAUAGCAACAGCGCUUUCCUUCGCCAGCCUCGUGCUCGGCCAGCAAAUCGGCACCUACACCGCAGAGAAGCACCCUUCACUCCCCAUCCAGGUGUGCACUGCUCGCGGGUCUUGCACCACCGAGCGGACAUCCGUGGCGAACUGGCGAUGGACACAUGCCACCAACGGCUACACAAACUGCUAUUCGGGCAGCGAAUGGAACGCUACGGCGUGCCCAGACGGCAAGACGUGCGCGGCCAACUGCGCCAUCGACGGCGCCGACUACGCAAAGACGUACGGCAUCACGACGCCCUCGUCUGGUGCUCUGCGUCUCAACUUCGUCACCAAGAAUGACAACGGCCAGAAUGUCGGCUCCCGCGUUUACCUGUUGGCCAGCGACACCAAAUACCGCCUGUUCAAUCUGCUCAACAAGGAGUUCACCUUUGACGUCGACGUGUCCCACCUCCCCUGUGGCCUCAACGGUGCCGUCUAUUUCAGCGAGAUGGACGAAGACGGCGGCGUUUCCCGGUUCUCAGGCAACAAAGCGGGCGCCAAGUACGGCACCGGCUACUGCGACAGCCAGUGUCCGCAGGACAUCAAGUUCAUCAACGGCGAGGCCAACGUUGAGAGCUGGGAGGGGGGGCUCGGCAAAUACGGAACCUGCUGUGCCGAGAUGGACAUCUGGGAGGCCAAUUCCGAUGCCACGGCCUACACUCCGCACCCGUGCUCCGUAACCAAGCAGACCAGGUGCGAGGGCGUCGACUGCGGCUCUGGCAGUGACCGGUACGCCGGUGUGUGUGAUAAGGACGGCUGCGACUUCAACAGUUUCCGGAUGGGCAACCAGGAGUUCUACGGCCCGGGCAAGACGGUCGACACAUCCAAGCCCCUCACGGUCGUGACGCAAUUCAUCACCGCGGACGGCACCAACACGGGCGCGCUCAAGAGCAUCCGGCGCUUCUACGUGCAGAACGGCAAGGUCAUCCCCAACUCGAAGACGGUCAUUGAAAGCGUCGACCCGACCAACGAGAUCAGCGAGGGCUUCUGCGAGCAGCAAAAGACGGCGUUUGGCGACAACAACUACUUCAAGACGCUCGGCGGUAUGGCGCAGAUGGGCGAGCAGCUCAAGAAGAUGGUACUCGUGCUUAGCGUUUGGGAUGACCACGCCGUCUAUAUGAACUGGCUCGACAGCAACUAUCCGACCGACGCUGACCCGAGCAAGCCCGGCGUUGCUCGCGGCCGCUGCGACCCCGAGGCCGGCGUCCCAGAGACGGUCGAGGCGGAGCACCCAGAUGCGUAUGUCAUCUACUCCAACAUCAAGAUCGGCGCCCUCAACUCGACUUUCCCUGCUGCUUAG